AAUCGCAGAAGAAAUUAGAAAUUCCAGAUUCUUCGCCCUCUCCCUCUCCCUCUCCCUCUCCAAUGGCGAAACUAACGACAGAGUCUCCAGUCUGCCGGAAAAUUGUCCAUUCUUUCUUGGAUUUUCUAGAUUCCGUUGAGGUUGCUUCAGGUGUUGACGAAGAAGGGCUCGAGGUUGCUAAAGAAUGCUUAAAGGAAGCAUUUAAAAUUACUUUAGAUUCUACAAGAGAUUAUAAGUUGAAACCCAUUUCGCUUGUCAAUAUGUUCAGUACAUUGAACAAAACCGCACCUCCUCUUGUGGAAACUGCACCAUUCGUUGCUGAUCGAAGUGUUACAAUAGAUGGGCCUAGUUCCUCCUCACGUCCUGACUUAUCAGAUUCUCAUGUCUCCAAGUCAGUGGAUGCAAGCAAAGAGCCUCUCUUUACUGGAACUUCUAGAGAUGAACUCUUUACCCAACUCUUUGGUGCGCUUGAGAAAGUACAGUAUUUCAAUAACACGCCUGACGGAGAUGAUGAUCCUGCUCAGCUGGAAAAAGCAACAAAGAUAUUUCAUGAUGCUAUCAAUGAAAUGGAAAAGUCUGGAUGCCAGACUUUUGAUGUGAAAAACUUGGCGGAAACACUCAAAAGCCAAGGUAACAAGGCCAUGCAGUCCCAGCUUUUUCUGGAUGCAAUCGAGCUGUAUACUUUUGCAAUUGCACUCUCAGAUAAGAACGCUGUUUUCUACUGCAACAGGGCCGCUGCAUAUACACAGAUCAACAGGUGCUCAGAAGCAAUCAACGACUGUCUUAAGUCCAUUCAGAUUGAUCCAAAUUAUAGUAAGGCUUACAGUCGUCUUGGGUUAGCAUAUUAUGCUCAAGGAAAGUAUUCAGAUGCUAUCGAGAAAGGAUUUAGGAAAGCUUUGCAGUUGGAUCCCCGUAACGAAUCUGUGAAAGAAAAUAUCAGGGUGGCUGAACAAAAACUAAGAGAAGAACAGCAACGACACAGACAUAGUCAGGAUACGAGCACGGGACACAAUCAAGGACCGGAAAUAGGAGGCCAAGGAAUACCAUCUCAGUUCUCAGUUCCAUUAAACCCCGAGUUGAUGAGCAUGUUUAUGAACAUGGCGGGAAACACAUUCCCGGGAAAUCAUUCUCGCAAUAACGAGGGAGGAGAUGGUAACAGAAAUGGUAUGAAUGAGCCUGAGAUUCAUGUAGGUGGCAAUAUCAACAUAGAUCUCGGAGUCGCGGAUCAAAUGCCUGAAGAGUUUUCCGGUGCUUUACGAUCAAUGAUGCAGAUGUUUGGAGGAUCACAGGUAGGUACUACUGGUAAUAACAAUCCUCAAGGUGCUAAUGGUAAUAAUAAUCCUCCAGGUGCUAAUGGUGCACAUGGAAGACCAUCUGGAAAUACACCGUGACUCUCUAUCUUCUGUUAUUAGUAUAUUUCUGAGUUUGUGAUCCAAAGACUUUGUUACGUUCUGGAUUUUAACAGCAGACUGAUGUAGUUAAGUGAUGAUGUUAUUACAAAAGGGUGAUGGGAGAAAAAUUUACAUUCGAA